CCAUUUGUUUAUAUUCGUCGCUCUCUCUCUCUUUGAAUUUCAUCAUCAGAAUCGAGAUGGCUAUGUCUGGAAUUCUCUCCAAAUCCCUCGCCCGCGCUUCUCUCGCUCCCUCAAACGCCCUAAUCACCCACCACCGCCACCGCUCCACCAAACCCGCCCGCGCUCAGCUCAUCGACCUCGACCUCGACCUCGACUCCGAUUCACCCGACCCCGACGCUGUUUCCCUCGGCGUUAAGAGGCUCCAGGACGCCAUCCACAGCAUCAUCGUCCGCCGCGCCGCCCCCGAUUGGCUCCCCUUCCUCCCUGGCCACUCCUAUUGGGUCCCCCCACGCGCCGCCUCCAAAAACCACCAUCCAUUCUUGUCCGAGGAUGAGCACAUGUCCCUUUUAUCGCCCAACGGCUGGCCUUCCUCCACCUAUUUUAUUCAAGGUACUUCACCACAACAUCCAAUCCCAAUGCUUAUACUUUCAGACACUUCUAGCUCCAAGGAUGAACCUUGACUGCCAUUCAAUUCACAUCAGGGUUGCCGUAGUUGUACAUAUGAAAAGCAUGGAAAAGGUGAAGGCAGAGUCAACUUGAAGGAAGAACAGAGAUUGAAUUUGCAUUAGCAUGUCCCCGGGAAAGUGUAUUCGAGCAGUACCUGAAUAGAGAAUGUAUAUACUUAAUGUUAUUCUAGUAAAAUAGUUAUAUAGUAUGAUGAAAGCUGAGCUCAUUAAAUAAAUUGCUCCUUUUUCACAAAAAUAUUCUAUUUAUGUCGUCUUACAGAACUGAAUGCUGUUGUUGUACGCACCAACUUUACUUCGUGAAAUAUAUUCUACUUAUUUUUCA